UAACAACAGGCAAAAAGCAAAAAGCCUAGGUUUGUUAGAGAUGGGUUGUGAUGGCGGCAGCAUACCGAGGAGGGACGAGAUGGUCAAACUCAAGAAGAAAGCCGAAAAGGUUGACAAAGACGUGGAGCUUCAGGCUCGAUGGAAGUACUGCGCCCUCAGUGGAGAAGAGUUGAAGCAACCGAUCGUCGCCUGUGAGCUUGGCAGACUGUACAACAAGGAAGCGGUGCUCUUGGCGCUGCUGGACAAGUCCAGUAUCCCCGAGGUUGCCAGGCACAUCCGUUCCCUCAAGGACGUGACGGUGCUACAGCUGACGGUCAACUCUAGCUACAAACCCAGCAGCAAAGCCGACACGUACAACGACACUCAGACCUCCCAGUACGUGUGCCCUGUGACCGGUCUGGAGAUGAGUGGGAGAUACAGGUUUGUGUAUCUAAGGAGAUGCGGUUGUGUGAUAUCUGAAAAGGCACUGAAAGAAGUACCGUCUGAAACCUGCCACAAGUGUGGUGCAGGGUUCAAGAGUGCGCAUGUGGUGAGACUGAACGUGAGUGAGGAGGAAGAGAAGGGGAUGAGGGAAGAGAUGGAGGAGAAGAGAAGACGGCCAAGAUGGCAAAGAGAAAGAGGAAAGCUGUGGCAGACCCAGAACCUAGUUCCACCACCACCACCACCUCCUCUGGAGUGAAUGGGUCCGGUUCUGCUACCAGUUCUGGAUCGGACAAACUACCUCCAGAGAAGAAGACAAAAUCGUCGUCAUCAUCAUCGGUAACUACUGCUACUGGUAUCACUCAACCCACUGUGAAGAAAGCCACCAAGAAGUUGUGUAGUAACGGCAGUGUGCAGGUGACGAAUGGAGCAGUUGCUUCAAGACCCGGUACCAGCAAGUUGAGUAAACCGUCUGUGGGGUUGGUGACGAAUGGAGCCGUUGCUUCUAGACCCGGUACCAGCAAGUUGAGUAAACUGUCUGUGGGGUUGUCUGAGGAGACGGAGGAGAGGGACAAAGUCCUGGAGAUGGCGGAGGGGAGGACGGUGUACAAGUCACUGUUUAGCUCCAACACGGCUGCGAGACCAAAGGAAAAGACUUCAAAUUGGGUCACCUUCUUUCCCUACCAUUAGACCCCACUGUUCACGAAACAAACCUCUACUCACAGUUCGAUUUUCCACUCGCAUUGUUCUUUAUUUUAACUUUACCUUUCAGCAAAAUUAAGUGCAUCUGAUACAGACGCCAUGCAAAGGGCCUGUGUCAGUUCUAUGUUUUCUGUUCCUGAAAUCGGUUGCAAAACUGCACAAUUAUGUAAUAUCAAUACAUGUACACAUAUUAACACAACAUGGUACAUAUUAUAAUGUACAAGAAUAUGGGGAGACGCGUACACAACAAUACUUUAUAACGUGUACAAGCUAUUGACACUAAUCGAAGGAGACACACAAUGAAGAUCAUUCUAAGAGGGAGUUGCCAUUCCAUAUCAGGUGAAUAACUAUAACUCAAAGCACUCUGCCAAGAUAUCGGUCUAUGUAUCGCACAUGUCGUAUGCUAACUGUGGCUCGCCGAGCUGGACCGCAGGCUCUGUAACUCUGCCGUUAGUUGCUCUGCCUUCUGGAAGCCCUGUUGGCGCUCGUGUACGAGUCUUUCAUUCUCUGUCGUUAGUUGCUUGUUCUUAUGGGAGAGCUCCUCCAAUCUGCGCUGGAGAUUAGUGAUUCUGCCAGUAUAGUCUGCGACGAGGUCCCUUUUUUCGUCUUCGAGUUGUCGCUUCUCUAGCUUGAGUCUGUGACUCCGUUCAUCCAGGGUUCGGUUCAGGUCCUUGAGUAGAGUGAUUUCCUUGUUUUCUUCAACGAGACGUAUUAGCUCCUUGUUGAGGUGUGACUGCAGUGAAGAAGAAAGGGAGAGAGAGAGAGAGAAGGAAUGUACAGGUUUUUAGGGUUGGUUUUCCUAUAGAAGUGUAUGCACUUUAAUAAAGUCGCUGAUCAAUCGGAUGCUGAGUAGACAUAUGGAGUUGCCAAAACACAACGAUGUCAUUGGACUCGGGCAAGACACACAUACAUACACUGCUAACAAAAGAUUCUAGUAGUGAGAGGGAGAGAGAGAGAGAGUUAAAAAGGAACAAUGGCCGU